CUUACGGGUGGCGCGCUGUGAGCAACUGGCACGGCGAGCAAAUGUGUUGGAGUGAGGAAAUUGCUCCUAAGUGCCAAGUCUGCGACUAUGGAGUUCCGGCGUAGUAGAGAAUGUGAGGAGACAACACCACCCCAUUCUGGGGACUGUGUCUCGCGCGUACUCUGUCGAGCGUCAGUGUUGAUGACGGUGCUGAUGGUGACGCUUUUGGUCGUUGCGACUGUGCUCAGUUCCUGCCUAGGUGCGGGUCACGGGUGGCGUGCUGUGAGCAGCUGGCACCGGGAGGACAGGUGUCGGAGUGCUGGCAACGGGUCUGAGAACAGCAUCCGUGCUUGGUGGAAUGGGAGUAGUGCCUCCCACGCUCAUCGGAGUGGUUCCGCUUCUCUUGAACAGAGGACAUACAACUCAAGGUCUCUCAAAGUCAGCGAUGCUAUACUGCCAGCGAUCCGCGAUCCUGAGCUGAUAGUGAACAAGACGAAGGUGCUCACUUUGACAGACUCGACACUGAAGCCGGUGUUUCCCGCGUCGAUCAGCAACUCCUUCGAUUUGGCYRGCUGCARUAACRUCCUCGAAGACUUGGUGCUCGCAUCCAAUGGCUCURUCUUGUAUUAUGUUCUCGACCAGCGGUGCUACAGUCAGUUGAACGGGUCCGACUCGGAGGAGUUCACGUCGAGUUUGCUGCACUCCGUACGGAAGGCUGAACGGAGGGCAGGCUCAGGGGKAUGGGAAGCCUUCCAGAACGAUUCGCUGAUUACUUACUSGUGGGCGUUUAACGAUAGCGAUGGCAUGAGACCCUCCUCGCCAAUCAUCUUCAACGAGAACUCGACAAUGGAGCCGAUGAUGUGGCUGAAUGGCAUGGACUUGUCCGACGAAGGGACGACUUUGGUGCUAACCACUSAAACACAUGAGGCCAUGGGCAACCCGCUUGAGGAGGGGAGCUGGAUGGUAACCUUGCUCUCUGCUGUGAAUGGCACUAGGCGAUCGAUCCCCCUGCCGGGGAUGACCGCUUGUGGCAUGGGGUUCGAUCCGACGAAGACCAACGCCUACCUUGUGGAUAUGGCCUAUCCGCCGCGUCUGAUGUCUGCAGACUUCGGAGCUCUGCUGGGGAGUGGUGCCAGCAUUACAGGUGACAUGUUGUUCAAGCCCGAAGCCACCUUCCGUCGCGAAAUGGGAUUGAACCUCUCCAACUUGGACGUACGUCCGCAAGGAUUCACUCCUGAUGGUAGUUGCCUGUACAUAGUCGACAGUUGGGAGAAUAAUAUAUUUGCCGUCGAUCUGUCGACGAGGAACAUAACUCUUGUCGCUGACCGGAAAGCAGUUGGUCUUAAGGAGGGAGUGACGGACCAAUUGAGAGAGGUUGUGGUAACCAAGGACGGGUGCAAUGUUUUCGUUAAUGACAUCAACGGUUAUUUGCGAUGGAUUCAGUUAAAAGCGCAGUGCAGCGAAGCGCAAACGGCGGAUGUCGUCGUGUCUUAUAUCGCAGGCGGUUUCUGGGGUUUGGCGAUCCAGGAGGAUGACAACGGGGUUGGCCUGUACAUUGGAACGAAUGACGGACACGUGUUCCAGCUGGAAGUAAAUAAGUCCGCCCUGCACGCAUGCCCCCCGCCCUCCCGACCACUACCGCCCUCCACGAGCCCUCCCCCUCCCCCAUCUUCUUAUCCUCCUCCCGUCAUCUCAUCAUCCUCUCCCCCACCGUCCGAUCAACCCUGGGUGUCCGCUCCGGAUGCCAAAAGCGGCCGAAAUCUAGCUCUAGCWGUCUAUCUGCCCGUGGCCAUUGUGUCAGGCUUUGCCAUCUGUGCGGGCCUCCUGGUCGGUCUCUUCUGCUAUCGGAGGCGGGAAAGUCGAAAGCCGCUGGAAAGUCGGGAGCGGCGGGAAGGCGCGGCGCUGCCGCCGCUUGGACAGCACCCACCUGCCCCUCCCAGUUUGUCUUAUUCCUCCCUAGCCGGUAGUUCACUGCCCGAUGAUUCUCGCAAGGGAGCAUCGAGCAGCCAUGAGCGCGUCCAGAACGUUCAGCCCUUCAGCGUGACCUCGUUCCCGCUGGAAACCUUGGCGUUCGUCACUGGCAAUUUCGGUGAUGAUUAUCGCAUGGGAGACAAAGGUGCUUUUGGCGAUGUCUACUGGGGGGCUCUUGGCGACAGGGAGGUCGCUAUCAAGGUGAUGAGGGGCGGCGUGACGGCGGASAAGCRWAAGCAAUUCGUCGUCGAAGUGAGCACAUUGAGCAGGCUCCAUCACUCCAAUCUCAUCGACCUCAUAGGUUACUGCCAGGAAGGGAAUACGUGCAUCCUUGUAUACCCCUACUUCCGGGGCGGCAGUCUCUCCGGUCGCUUGCACAAAAGAGAUGCCACUCCUAGGACAGAAGCCGGUGCUCCAGCUCCUCCUCUUACGCUAGUGGAGCGCAUGUGUGUGGCCUUUCAGAUCGCCAAGGGUCUCCGCUAUCUUCACACGGAUGUAGAGCCCCCGAUCAUACACAGGGAUAUCAAGAGCAGCAACGUCCUUCUGGAAGAUGGAUCGGGGGCGAAUCUGCGCGCCGUCGUCGCCGAUUUCGGACUGGCGAGGAUGUGUGACAACCUCUUCGAUACGCAAUUCGGGACUAUUGCGCUGACWAGCCACGUGGCAGGUACCCAGGGCUACAUGGCGCCGGAGUACCAGCUGAGAGGCAAGCUGACGGUCAAGAACGACGUGUACGCUUUUGGCGUUAUCCUCCUGGAGCUGCUGACGGGUAGGAAGGCGAUCACGCCGGGACCACCGCCAGGGGGAGAAUGGCAAACGCUUGUGGAGUGGGUGAGACCGUCGCUAGGAGGUCCUCUAGAUCUUGACACCAUACCGAUCGAGAUUCUCGACACGUGUCUGCGAGACCAGGUGCGGACCGAUGCUGUUAUGAGAAGAAUGGUGGUGGGCACGCUGCUGCUGGCGCGGGACUGCGUCGAGGAGGUCGACAGCUCCAGGCCAACGAUGAGUGCGGCCGCCGAGAGGCUGGCCCCGCCGUCUGCGCCGCUGGCUGGGACACGAGGUGCUCGCGAUGUGGGAGUUGGUCGUUCCACGCCAGCCAACGAGCCCCUGCCUCUGAGGGAUGGUGUGGGCUCUGCGGCAUUUGACGAGGAGAGCACACGUGCAUUUAUUGAGAGUCGCAGGUGGGGGGGGAGUGCCGGCAGUUCAGCGCCUGCGCUCGCCCCUGUUUUCAGGAGUGAUAGGCAGUCAGAUGCCGCACGGGGUGGUACUGAGGUGGCACCUGGCGCAUCACCCCACAGUUCGUCGGAGCACCCCUGGCUUCCACCUCCGCCGUCGAGAGCGGCGCAGCGUCCAAUGGUCCACCACGCUCAUGGAACCGCCCACCCGGAUCCGUCACACGCAUCUGCAGAUGCGCGACAUUCUGCUUCCGUGCCUCGUUUCGGGGAACAGGUGGAUCAUGGGGUGCCUGCCGAGGAGGUCCCCGCUCCGGUGUCCGAUUCAUCGCCGACCCCUGUUCCGACAACCACGGGCGGUGGUCUGUCUGCCCCACAGCCUCCACCCGUGUUGACCGGAACGUUAGACCCUUUGCAGCGCAUUCGUGACCUUGCAGUCGCCCAGAGCGUGACACCUGUGAGCCCUGGCGGGUUGUUGGAUGCCGGGGUCCUCAGCGGGAGAGCUACGACGGGACGAUGUCGGGGCACUUACAGGCAGCAAGCCGUCACGUCAUAUUAUUCGGACCCUUUGGAGCCCGCAUGGCAUCUGCAAAUCAUGCGGUUUAUCGUCGACAGCGGGAUGUCGUUCAACAGCACGAAGCUUGAAAGCUUCAAACGCAUGUUCACGAUGAUAAUCCCGUCGGGGCUGGAUGGUGAGGUCCAGAAGUGUGUUCGACCGGUGCUUGACACGUCGAAAGAGACCGGUUGCACAAUCAUGACCAAUGGUUGGACCAACAUCCGUAGUCAGACGUUGUGCAACUACCUUGUUGGUACAGAGAUCGGGGUGGUGUAUGUGUCCACCGAUGUCAUGCGUGGCAAAAAGGACGCCAGUGCCCUCGCGAACGCAUGGUUGAAAAGGGUGAAGUCCAUGGACGUUCAAUUGAGCGACAUCACGACGUUCGUGACGGACUCCGUCGGGAUGAACGUCGCGACGAUGGAGGUAUUCCAAAAAGAUGAGAGCGUGAAACACAUCUUCUGGAUUCCUUGCGUCGCCCACAUCAUGGAUCUCAUUCUCGAGGACGUCGGCGGGAUUGAUUGGGUGGCUUCCCGCAUUUCUCAAGCGAGGCUGGUUACAAGGUUCUUCAAGCGCCAUGGACAUGCGAGAGAAGUUCUUGAGGCGCACUCGACGAAGACUCUUCUGCUACCGGCGGAGACGCGUUUCAGCACGAACGUCAUCAUGAUGGAGAGGCUGGUGGCACUGCGGGCCGCGUUGACAGAUGUUAAGGCCGACGAUCGUUGGCGCGAGACUGUUUGGUCGACCAGCAAGAUCCGCAAGGAUGCAGCGGAGGUCACUUCAUGUAUCGGCUCCCCUCCAUGGUGGGAGGAUUUGAGAGCUCUGUGCAAGAUGCUAGAGCCCAUCAUGGGCGUGCUGAAGUUGGUGGACAGCGACACACGCCAGAUCAGCAAGAUUUUGCGACGUUACGAGGAAAUGAUUGCAUCUUAUUUAUCCGCAUGUCGUGACAUUGAUCGGGAGCAGCAGGACGCUAUUGUGGAGGUGUUCCACAAGCGGCGCACCAUGUUGAAGACCCCCGCCCACACGGCAGCCAUGCUGCUAGAUCCAGAGUUCCGGGACGCGACGCUUUGUGACGAUGCGGAGGUGCAGCAGGCCUUGGUCGAGGCCCUUGUCCAGUUCGGCUACCCGGAGGAUUCGCCGCAUCACCGGGAGGUCCAACGAGCGGUCGCCAAGCUCCACACGAGGGAGCCCCCUUUCGAUGAGCUCACCAUGCGGCGAGCUGCGGAUAUCUUUGAUCACCCUGCCAGUUUUUGUUCCUCAAAGAAGGCGAAGUUCCCUCACAUGGCCGCCGUGGAGGACGAGGCAGCCGUGGACCAGCAGCUCGUCAGAGGCACCGGUGUUCUGGCGAAGGUGACCGAGGAGGAGUUGAGCCUCACCAGAGCGAGGAUGCGGGUCAUUUCCCGCAUGGAAGUCGAGCGUUGGGUGGCAGAGUCGGACAGGAGGCGACGCAGGGCUGGUGGUCGGGGACGUGGUGGCCGUGGACGAGCAGGUGUCGGAGGACGUACACGCGGUGAUGCGGGUUCCGCUCCUCGGACUCGGCGACAGCGGGCGAAUGGUGGCAUUCGCAGGGCCCGCAUGCGUUGGGACGAGGGUGACUUCUUGUUCGACAGCACAUCCAGCGACGACGACGAUUUCUUUGCGUCGGGAACACAUGCAUGCACGGGUGAUGAUAGAGGUGACGCUGACGACAGACGCGAUGACAGAGGCGACGGUGAUGACAGAGAGCCCCCUGAACUGAUAGAGGGGGAUCUGGUCAAGCUCACGAUCCCCGGACGCAGCAUUCUACACGCUGACGACGAGUUUGCGUGGAGGUUCAUAAUCCUGUCCGAGGACGUGUGGCUUUGGACGUACAGAGAGCACCGGCCGGGGCAAGGAGUGGGCGUAGUGAGAGCUUUCUUGUAUUUGGGACCGGGUGCGGUCAGGGAGGCCGUGGUGGGCCUCGCGAUGACAGGGACUAGUGACGCAAUUAGCAGGGCGUUACGCUACCUAGGGGAAGAGGUAGUUGCUUUCCGAGAGGAGGACGCGAGCGACCCGUUGACCCUAUUUCACGGACGCCCUCCUCUUGAUAUCACGGGCGAGCUGGUGGUAGCACGGGACGGGUUUUUCCCGUACAGCGUUAGGAGCCUGCGGGCGAUAGUUCCGACGUUCGUAGUAGRGAGCGUCUUUGGAGGUAUUGGAGGAGUGGUCGAGACAUACCUGGCCUAUCAGGAUCUCAAGAUCCUGGCGAGAAGGCCUGCUGACCUAGAUUACAUCUAUUAUUUGCUUGCGACCGGUGGGCCUCGUUGGGGAGACGAGAGGAUUCAGCUUAUAGAGUUGAUCCGCUUGAUAGACGACGAGUGGCCCCAGUCUCCGUGCGUUUGGGAUUGGUUAGACCGUGAGCUCCGAGCAGGCCCCGAGUACGUGACUUGCAUCGGGCGACUCUUCUCAGACGACUGGGGGAGCUGGUGGAGUGAGGACGCCGGGCGACCUCUGAUAUACGGCCAUCAGUUGGCACAAUACUACCAGGGUAUAGGACAGGCGCCAUACCGCGUCGAGGACGAGUUUGACGACGAGGGUUGGGAGCGAGAGGACGACGAGGACGCCUGGGAGCCAGACUGGGUCGACCCAGAGAGUGAGGUUGACGAGGAAGAGAUUGACGUUACAGACGCCCAUUUUCCCAGGAUAGGAGUGGCGGUCCGGGCGUAGGAGGUAGAAGAGCACACCAGGGCGACGGUUGAGUGAGCCUGGCUACAGAACC